CGAAAACAGGAUUCUGAAGCACCGAGUGCAUCCCAGCCCUUUGUUCUGGACGUUUAAAUCCGUUUCCCAGUGCUUGCAAAGCUGGGGUGGCUGUCCCCAUGUCGGUUUAUACUUGAUAAUGAGUUCUCUUCUGCACCUGAUAUCCUCCCAUGUGAAAAGAGCCCGCGCUUCCGGCCUGAGGAAGCAGGCAGACCCCGAUAAGCGUGCCACCUUCAGGCACAGGGUGUUUCCGUCUUCUUCCUCGUUGUCAGUUGUCGCGAAAGUUAAGAACCCAAUACCCACCUCGACGCCAUGGGAUCUCCUUCCGGUAGAGCUUCAGAUCAUAAUAUUCGCCCACUGCGGGAUCGCAGAUCUUCUCACGCUGAAAUUGGUUUGCAAAGCCUUCAAUCAAAUACUCAGUACGCAUGAACAAUUGAUUGCGCGGCAAUACCUCCGCCAGCGCCGCCAUGGGACUCUCCCGGCCCCGCUAGACGACGAAAGAAUAUAUACCUGGAAACCGGAGGAUGAUGUCGUCCUCUUGUCGGACCUCUUCCCCCCGACAAUGAGUGCAAAAGGUGGCCAGCUCUGUACCUUCCGCUAUUUAUCUAGUUUUCAAAGGCGGGAGAAGCUCUGCUCAAGGCUGUGUUAUUACCUUGCGGACCGGAUCGUGAAACGAUUUGCUGAUGUCGAGUCGACGUUUAUGAAAACUUCUUUCCCUUCAAGAACCAAACGUGCAGAGUUUAUAAGAAAAGCAAUCGCGAGGGUCUGGUCUUAUCUUUCACCACUCAUGUACUAUACCUUAUACUUCCUCGAGUCGUAUGCCGAUGCCAGACGCGAGCAGACCAACAUCCUUUUGCGCGAUUUCGAGGCUGGAAGACUACCUGUCCCAAUACCGCCAGAUGUCCGCAAGAAUCUGUACAUGGGAUUACAAAAAAAGAUCAUCCAGGCACCCCCAUUCACGGAUACGUCUACACUCAUAUCAACCAACCAUUGUAUGCGGCUCCUGGUCUUGUGGUUGCGGGACACCGUACCUCCGGACGAACCGAAUAUCUCAGACGACAGUUGGAUUGGCUCACUGCUGGCUGUGUCGCCUUUCCAACGUAUCGUGGAAUAUUUCUCGGCGGAAAUAGGAGACGGUGGCAAUCAGCGAGUGCAACGCAGAGUCUUUAUGCGCAAUUUCCACAACGACAUCACGUUGACUGAAAAUGAUGAAAUGAACUCGCGGGUGUUCGAGAGCGCACCUAACGUACACCUUCACCGCUCGGUUCAGGAUGUCUGGUUUGAUGUGGCUGCGGCUGAAUUGGAAUCGCGAAGAGCGAUAAACCAUAAGAAAGAACGCGUAAUGCUUCAUCCUCAGGUGCCUUUUCUAUUUGGUUGCCCCGGUUGCAAGCCCGGCCUAUCCGAUGGUUGGUAUACUCUGCAAAAUACGGAUGUCACGGUUUCUGAUGGAAGUUAACCUUUUGAUUUUGUCAUGUUCUCUUGUAUUUUUUCUUUUGGGCAUUAUAUCUCCCACGGGCUGCGGCGUUUUUUUAAAGAACAUGGACCACGGAUGUGCAGUUUGUUUUAUGCAUUGCGAUAGGCGCGUUGUUUCCCUGGGGUCUUGAGCUUUUUGUGUUUCCAUCAUGGCGGAUGUUAUUUGCAUAUAACAUAGCACAGGUCUUAUUGUCAUCUAUGAUUUUAACUAUCGAGGGCGCUCAAUCACCUGAGACCUACCCGUACUAUUGGCUGAUUGGUGGUGGCACCGCCACCUUUGGCACCAAAAUUCCUGACGUCUAGAACUUGAG